AUGGCUUCAUUACAGACGCAGCCGUCGGGCCUGAGCGGCGCCGGCAAGCUCACCAAGUCGCGCAGCCGCAUCGUCGUCAAGCCCAUCCUCAAGCGGCUGCACCACGUCCACUCCCACUCGGAGCGCAACUCGCUGGACCUCAACCGCGGCUGGGACGACCAGCCCGUGGCCACGACGCCCGAGCUCGAGUACGGCUCCUUCGACUUUGGCGCCCGCGACCUCGACGACCUGAGCACCGACCGCCGCCUGUAUUCCACCUACGCAGCUGCGCCAGCCGCCGGCGCAAAGCUGGCCCGCGACGUCAGCUUCACCAGCCUGUCCAAGACGGACCUCAAGCCCACGCCGCCUGGCCUGGCCCGCGCAAACACCUUCUCCUUCUCCCCAACCUCCCACGCCCGCUCGACCAGCGGCAACUCUGUCACGGCCGCCGCCGCCGCCACCACCCGCGCCGGCUCCUUCGUCCACCCCUUCCAGCAGAUGCCCCGGACCUCGACGCCGCCGCUGCACUCGUACGCAAACUCCCUCUCCUCGCUCGAAGGCGGCCUCACCGGCCAGCAGCAGCGCGACCUGACCUCGGCCAUUGCCGAGACCAGCGACAGCAGCAGCGGCAGCGACGACGACAGGCCCGACCUCGACGAGCCGCUGGCAUCGCCCUCGCAGUCCGAGGGUCCCAACCGCGCCGCUUCCGCCGCAAACACCACCUCCAAGAAGCUCUCCUACUCCUCCAGCCUACGCUCAAACUCGCCCAGCUCCAAACCUACGGCGCCUCCUGGCCGCCACUCGCUAUCCGGGCGGCCCUCGCUUUCCGGCAGCCAGCGCACCAGCUCAGAUGGCCCUUCUGUCAGGGCGGCCACCACUCGCUCCAACUCUGGUCCUUCUGUACAACGUCUCACCCAGGCCGCUGCUGUGAAUCACACAUCUGCGUUUGCAAACGACUCCUCAUCUGCGAAUGCCGCCUCUGUGCCCUUGCUCAUCUCCACCACGCAGCAGAAGACAGCAUCCAACCCGGUCACCUCCACCUCUCCCAUAUCCCCGUUCCGCACGUCUCUAGACAUGAACGGCUUCCGCCUCCGCUCGCGCAGCGAGAUGGACUCGUCCACCCGCCAGGAGCAGGUCCGCGAGGCCCGCCGCAAGUUCGAGGCCAAGGAGAAGGAGAAGGAGGAGAAGUACGCCCGCGAGCAGAUCAAGAAGCGCGAGCGCGCCGACGCCAAAGAGGCUCACAAGAUGGAGCGCGCCCAGGCCCAGAAGCGCAAGACGAGCUUUGGCUACACCACGCCCAUCUCCAGCGCGAGGAACUCGUCCAGCGUCCGCGAGAAGACCGAGUCUGACCCGCUCAACGGCGGCCAGGCGCAGGAGACUCCCUCCCGAAGCAAGUCGGCCAAGCGCAGGACAAACAGCCUCUGGACGGCAUUCAUGCUCUGGCUGAGAACCCGUCUGCUGAAGCUGGCCCGACGAAAGAUUUGA